GGUCGAGGUCAGAGUGCAUUGACGACUUGGUAAAAUAGUCGUUCAGUUUUGCACGCUCGCAUUCGAAUUCCGUUUAUUAAUUUCUGGCUCGUAAUUCAUACGUCCUCUACAAGGCAACGGGACAGAUCGGAACUUACGCAGUAACACAAAUCAUUUGAUUACAUCAUAACGACCCUACUGAUGCGUUUUGUGGUAAGCUUAUGGCUCUUUUUCCUUCCAUGAAAAUUGUAAAAAAAAAAUUAAUCAUAUUAAGGAGAUGGCAAGACAGUUGGCUGCACUUCCCAAGUUUGACCUGUAUAGGAGUAAAGGAAGAAAGUUUACAGCUGGUGAUAGUGCCAGCCAUGCCCAGUUACAGCUUAAAUUUGAGGGUCUAAACAGCAACCAACCUAUAGUUUCUUCUGAGCCUGGGGGUAAUGUAUUGAAUCAGACUCAGCAGGCAUGUGUGGAAGGUUUAACAAAUGACCAACAAACUUCAUGCAAAUCUAAAAAGAAAAAGAAAUCUAAAAAGAAAACACAAACCACUGAUGGUAAUGUCAAUGCGGCCACUCCGGAGGAGUUGGUUGUAGUUCCGGUUAAUGAUACAGAAAUGAAAUUCAAGCUAUUGGACUCAAAUGGAUCAAGAACUGUAGCAAUGAACCAGAGGCUUGUAGCAGACAUUUCAUCUGGAGAAAAAGAAGGAAAUUUAAAAGAAGACAAUAAAAAUUACUUAGAAAGUGAUGAAAUGUUGAAAAGUUCUUGGAGUGAGCCGGCUUGUACUAUAGCGGAUUCCACUAUGCUGGAUGGGCCUCCAUUUGGUUUCCCUCUUUCUGCUGAUCAACUUAUUAAUUCUGCUCUUGGUUUACUCUCUGAAGCAACUCUUCAAAGUAUAGACAAUGAACACACUUCACCCCCAUCUACAUCGCUAAAAAACAUGUCAAUUAGCCAAAAAGGUACUGAUAUUAAGGAGCUUAGUGUUUCUGUGAAAGUUGAUGAGUUUAGCACUGUAGGGGUGAACAAACCAUUAUUGGAAAAAUCUGAAUGUAUGUUAACAUGCACUGGAGAAGAGUUGCAGAGUCUUGAGGAUGAAGGCUGGGAACAGCCUAGGAGAUCUAAAAAGAAGACAGAUCCUGUUAAAUCUCACAAGGAGUGCAAGCUAAGUGACAAUACUAGGAGAAACAGAAGGGGGAUGAAUAGAAAUGAUAACAAGUUUGGCCACAAGGGGCAAAAUCAACACACAGAGACACCUUCAAUGAACUAUAAGCAAGACAUGAAGGAUGGCAUUGGAAGUAAUCAUAAUGGAUGUCUAAACAAUACACAGCUGCCAUGCAGUGGUGCACCAGAGAGUGGUAAUAAUGACGUCAAAGACAGACCCACAGUGCUGACUUUGCAAGACAGUGCAGCAUUCUCUUAUCGGGAUGCUCUCCUCAAAGCCAAGAGCAGCAAGACUAAAGAAGAUUUACAAUACAGCAGUGACAGUGGUGUGGACGCCAAUAGCGUCAGCUCAUGCGACUCUGGUAUUCAGUCACCUGUCCUAGUUAAGGAUCACUUUAAUCACAAAGAGUGCGUAGACUUUCUCACUAAAGGAUGGAUGGAGGUUCAGGAGCAGAUCAAGAAAGGUCCAGGUCAAGUGAUAUAUUACAAUGAUACCACAGACUUUCAUGGGAGAAAACACCCUGGAGGUGGUCAUGUGAAGCAAAGGGGUUAUUUCAAUCGGCAGAAGGGAGCAAGGAACUCUUUCACUACAGCAAGAUGAUGAUACCUAUGCUUAGUUCAGUAUGGGGUACAGAAUUUUGCUUUUAGAUAGGUAACAAGAAACAGCGUAAAAGAAAGUAACAGGGCACUGGUGCACAUGUCUUUGCCUAAAAGGACGGUUUAUUUUUCUCCUAUUUAAAUCUUUAUGUCUGUCUGGCCCCCUAUUUUUCAUGUCUGACUGUCCAUCUUUCUUUCUGUCUCUGUCUCUGCUUUACUUUCUGUCUAAUUAUCUUUCUUUUUCUAAUGCCUAGUGCGCACUAGUGACAUAAAGACGUGGGCGUGCACACUCUGUUUAGCCUGACAUAACUGUCUGUCUGUCUUUCUCUUUCUCUGUCAAUCUGUUUGUUUUUAUUAUUUUCUAUCCCUCUUGGAUCACUUUUUUUUAUCUCUUGGUUGCUGGUAAUGUAAUUUAUGAAUAGACUUAGAAAUGUCUUUAAAUAUUCAGUCUCUAACAUUUCAGCAGAGCAGAUCCAUUGAUUGAUUUUCUCUCAUGUCCCACUUAUAUUGUUUGUGGGAUUAAAUAUUUUAUGGUUUCCUACAUUGGUAUCCCAGCUUUGUGAUACAUUUUAGGUGCAAUAAUAGUAAUAGUAACAUUCUGAAUUCUUAUAAAUUCCAUAAGUAUGUACGCACAACUGGCCAAGCCACGUGCACUGUUCAGUGUUUGAAUAAGUUUCAAAAAAGUUGUUUCUCAGAAUAUUUAAGUGAUGCUGAAUGGCAUACAGCCAUUGCUCAGGGCAACAAUACUCUCAGUACUAUUUUUCUCCUGUUGAUUAUUCAGUCUUACUCUUUCUUGGUUGAUACAAGCUCUAGCUUCGUCUUAUCAUGCGCAUGAGGCAGAGAGGGUGAGGGUUUCUUUUGCCCCAAGUAAGUGGAGCGCUAAUUGAAUACCUAAAGGGCAUGAAAUUGAAUUUAUCCCAAGACAGCUAAGUAAGUCAGAGUUGGAUUUGGGAUCAGCCAGGAGACUUGGGACGUAGGGGUCUUGGGUCCUGGGAUCAUACUGGGUUUCUGUAGAAAAAACAAACAAAUUUUAUACCCUUUCCUUAAAAAUAUUUUGGGCAAGUAUUAAAUGGACACUUCCUUAUGAUGUACAGGGUUGUAAAGACAGGAUUUAAGUGGCUUGCCACUUUGUGUGAAUUUUCUAUUUGGUGGACACAUUUUGAUAAAUGAGAAAAAUUGUGAUAA